GAGAGCCCUCUACAGAGCCGUCAUGCAGGAGAACUAUGAGAAUGUGACCUCACUGGCAGGGUUUCCAGUUUCUAAACUUGAUGUCCUCUCCCAGCUGGAAAAAGGGGAAGAGUUCUUUUCCACAGAUCUCCAGGACUCAGAGGAAAGAAAGCUCCCGAGAGGCAGCUAUACAGGUGAGGGGAUGGUGAGAGAGACCAUGGAGCAGAAUCCUCAGCAGGAAGACGAUGAAGUGGAACCACAAGGGUCUUUAUUGCAAAGACGCAAAGGGAGUGUGUCCAGGACUUGUGAUCAGGGAAAAGCCUGUGAGAGUCAGCACAGGCCAGAGAAGCAGCAGGGAAACCAGCCAAUGCAGAAAGUUGGUAAAUCUGUUAAUUAUCAGGGAACUCACAAAGGCCACAAGGAAACCACGGCCCAGCAGAGAAUCCCCAUGGGAGAGAGAAAUAACAUAUGUGUUGAAAGUGGGAAAAAGUUCAGUAGGCGCUCACACCUUGUUAAACAUGAGAGAAUCCAUAAAGGGGAGAAACCCUAUGAAUGCUGUGAGUGUGGGAAAACCUUCACUGAAUGCUCAAACCUUAUUAAACAUCAGAGGAUCCACACAGGGGAGAAACCGUAUGAAUGCUGUGAGUGCAGGAAAAUCUUCCUUCGGCACUCAGCCCUUAUUAAACAUCAGAGGAUCCACUCAGGGGAGAAACCCUAUGAAUGUUGUGAGUGUGGGAAAACUUUCUCUCGGAGCUCAGCCUUUAUUUACCAUCAGAGAAUCCAUACAGGGGAGAAACCCUAUGAAUGCUUUGACUGUGGGAAAAGCUUCACUGCCAGGUCAAACCUUGUUACACAUCAAAGGAUCCACACAGGGGAGAAACCCUAUGAAUGCUGUGAGUGUGGGAAAACCUUCGCUCGGAGCUCAGCCUUUAUUAACCAUCAGAGGAUCCAUACAGGGGAGAAACCCUAUGAAUGCUGUGACUGUGGAAAGAAAUUCACUGAGCGUUCAACCCUUAUUACCCAUCAGAGGAUCCAUACAGGGGAAAGGCCCUAUGAAUGCUGUGAGUGUGGGAAAACCUUCCCUCAGCGCUCAGCCCUUAUUAGCCAUCAGAGGAUCCACACUGGGGACAAACCAUAUGAAUGUUGUGAGUGCAGGAAAACCUUCCCUCAGAGCUCAGCCCUUAUUAGACAUCAGAGGAUCCACACAGGUGAGCAACCCUAUGAAUGUAGUGAGUGUGGGAAAACCUUUGCUCGGCGCUCACACCUUAUUAAACAUCAGAGGAUCCAUGCAGGUGAGAGAUCCUAUGAAUGCUCCAAGUGUGGGAAAUUUUUCCAUCAGAGCUCAGCCUUUGUUUAUCAUCAGAGAAGCUGCAAGGGAGAUAAAAACCAUAAAAACCUUGUCUAGAGCUAAGGAAAGAUUUUGUUUUCCUUUUGCUAAUUCCCACAUAGUGAGCUUAAAAGAAGCUUUGUGUCCCCAUGGGCUUUCAGUUCCCCCAGCUGAGUUAUCAGCUUUUCCUUUUUGUAGCUCAUCCUCUCUUGGGGGGAAUCCCAUUGUCUUUUUCAGCAACUCCUUUGUCCUCUGUCAUGGAUGUGUGUCCCUCCAACUGGAAUUUCAGUCAAUCCCAGGUGGGGGAAGCAGGAGAGACCUCAACUAGGUACAUGGAGGUUAAACCUACAUGGGCCUUGACUCCACUAGGAUUUUCCAUGGAGUUAGCUAGCUUCAAUUAGCUAUCCUAAUGUAAAAAUAUAUAUGGUGUCCAGAAUAAUUUAGCAAAUUUCCUCAACACCUGGCAUAACCUUCAUCGCUUUUCCUAAUCUAAAUAUAUUUGGAGUAUCACAUUUAUACUUUUCCUCUCCCUGCAAAGCAAUUGUUAGACACCAGGUUCCCCCACUAGGGACAGAUUGUCUCAUUCCCAUUUGUUCUCACAUUACACUGGGUUGUGUUGAAAGUUUUUCUACCAUUUUUCCAUAUUGAAUAUAUUUAAAUAUAACAGAAGGAGCAGGAUGAAUGAUGGGGGAGGGUGUGUGUGGGGGGGAAUUUCAACCUCUGUGACACCUAAAGAAGAAGUGGUGAGUUGGAGGGAUUCCCACCUUCCAAAUUACCCCAGUAAUGUUUCCUCUGUUUGAGCCAGAUAGAAUUUAUCUUCUCCACUUACUUACUACACCUCCACCUGUCAUUGUGUCUUAUGAUUCAGUGUUCUCAGCCCUCUGCUUGGGAAUCACAUUUUAUUUUCUUUGAUCAUAAAACAGUAUUUUUGAAACUGAGAUGACAGUGUCACAGACCUGCAAGGGGAAUUUGAAUGGAUCUCAAACACAGCUUGGUCACUGGGAGUUCAAAUCCCAGUUUGGGAAAGCUUCUUCUAGGAUUUUUCCUACUGAGAUGAGAUUGUUUGCAGGUGAAGAGGUUGAGCUUGUUUUGUUUAGUUUUCCAUUAUGAUGAUGAUAGAACUUUUGAAAAUAAUAAAACUAGGGCUGUAAAGCGAUGAAAAAAAUUAAUCGCACAAUUAAAAAAAUUAAUCAUGAUUAAUUGCACAAU